AUGCGUCAAGCCUGCCCCCUUUCUUCUCUCUGUGUGGCUUAUUUUGCGCCAUUUUGUCCGCACCACUCUGUUGAUUGGGUUUUUGAGAUCUGUAGUGGAGCCAAUCAGAAGGGUACCGGACAACCGGAGAAACGGUAAGGAAGGAAAGAUGGAGCACUACACAACUACAACCAGUGGUGAUCAGAUAGUGGUGCAAGCUGCCAAUGGGCAAAUUCAGCAGCAGGCUCAGGGCACCGUAACAGCAGUACAGCUGCAAACAGAAGCACCCAUCACUAUGGCUACAGGCCAGCAAGUGCAGACGCUCCAGGUAGUCCAGGGUCAGCCGCUGAUGGUCCAGGUGAGUGGCGGGCAGCUGAUUACAUCCUCAGGUCAGCCCAUCAUGGUACAGGCCAUGUCUGGAGCUCAGGGCCAGACAAUCAUGCAGGUGCCCAUGUCUGGAACACAAGGCCUUCAGCAGAUCCAGUUGGUUCAGCCGGGACAGAUUCAGUUGCAGGGUGGUCAAACUCUGCAGCUGCAGGGUCAGCAGGGUCAGACUCAACAGAUCAUCAUACAGCAGCCCCAGACUGCCAUUACCGCAGGCCAGAAUCAGGGGCAGCAGAUUACUGUUCAUGGACAGCAGGUUGCUCAAACAGCUGAAGGACAGACCAUUGUAUACCAGCCUGUGAACGCUGAUGGCACAGUUCUGCAGCAAGGCAUGAUCACUAUCCCAGCAGGCAGCCUGGCAGGCACUCAGAUUGUCCAGGCAGCAGGGGCCGCGAACACCUCCACAACCAACAGCGGGCAGGGCACAGUUACCGUUACUCUGCCAGUAUCUGGAAACAUGGUGAACGCUGGGGGAAUGGUCAUGGUAAGACCUCCCCAUGAGAUGGUGCCGGGUGGUGGUGCUGUGCCAGCCAUCCAACGAAUCCCACUGCCAGGGGCCGAGAUGCUCGAAGAGGAGCCGCUGUAUGUUAAUGCCAAGCAAUAUCACCGUAUCUUAAAGAGACGCCAAGCUCGUGCCAAGUUAGAGGCAGAGGGCAAGAUCCCUAAAGAAAGAAGGAAAUAUCUUCACGAGUCACGCCACAGACAUGCCAUGCAGCGGAUGCGUGGGGACGGGGGGCGCUUCUUCUCACCUAAAGAGAAAGAAGAAAUGGCUUUGGCCAUGCAGGAGCAACAGGACCAGAACCAGACUGGAGAUGAGGCCGUGGCCCAGAUGAUCCGGGUCUCAUAGCACUAGAACUUUUUACUGUGUUUUUUAAGUGAUUCUGAAGGCCCAAAUUUACACCAGUGUGAAUCACCAUCUCCAACGCAACACUAACAGACAGUCAUAAUUCAUCGUGGCCUGUGUUCCUCCUGUCUCAUGUCUUCCACUGAAAGGAGGGGCCCAUGUGUAUAGCUCCAGAAAAACACAGAGUCAUUACUGUUAAUGUACAGCGUAAUGAAUUCCGCUUGCCGUUUAAAAGCAAAUAAAUAGCAAAGCCUAAAUUGACCCACAGAGAGACUGAAUACGCAGUUAGUAAUUACUAAUUUACCGUGAUGUUUUUCAAAGUGGUAGUAGAACAGACAAGAAUAUUCUGAAAUUAAUUGUAUUAAGAUUAAAAGAGUCUGUUUGAUUUUUUACUUUUUUAACAUUAUGGACAAUUCUUGUCAGGCCUAUGAACUUAUAAGUGGGAAGUUACAUGGAAAUGAUGUAGGUUUCUCUUACAAACUAUUUGUGGUGUUGUACAGUGUUUUGUAAAUGUUUGGCAUGGGGAAAAGAGCAUUGGGAAAACAAUAAAGGCAAAUAGGCCAACAUUUUUUGGAAAUCCGCCCUCUUCACCAAGAAAACACCGGUCAUAUAGGGUGUUCUUGUUUCCCAAGCUUUUAUACAGGUUUCACCCAUAACAUGAAGUCAUUUUACAUUAGUGUUUCGAUACAACAAUCAUUUGUAAUUUGAGUGAGGUUUGUGUAUCCAGUCACUGUCUUACUGGCUCAUCUACUUGGAAAUGCAAAUCGAGUUAUCUCGAACAUUGAAGUCAUCUAACCUGUAUUUUGAUUAAAAAAAAUAAUUGUGCGAAAUGCAUUGUGAAAGAU